CGUGUCCGCAGGUGAAGCGCUGCACGCGUCCAGUCUUCUGCUGAGUGCACAGGGAAGCGAACACAGUCUCAAGACGAAAAUCUCACGCUGGACGUCAUUAUAACUUUCUAACCAGGCAGAUGUGUUGAGAUUGGUAAAGAUGGUGUGGAUGUUGGUGGAGGUUCUGAGAUAGCAGGGAGGGAUGACCACACUGACCAAGAGGAGCCGGCGCUCUGAGGCUCCAGCGGAGAGGAGUAACACUGAGGAGGAGGAGAGGACAGAUGAAGAGCAGGACACCGACUCCAAAUCACUGAGACUCACUCUGAUGGAGGAGAUCCUGCUGCUGGGGCUCAAAGAUAAAGAGGGCUACACGUCGUUCUGGAACGACAGCAUCUCGUCAGGGCUGCGCAGCUGUAUUCUGGUGGAGCUGGCGCUGAGACGACGCAUUCAGCUCGAGCCGCAGAGCUCUCGCAAGAGAAAACUACUGGACCGCAAGGUGCUGGUCAAGACCUCUGCUCCCACGGGUGACGUGCUGCUGGAUGAAGCGCUGAAGCACAUUAAGAGCACUGACCCGCCGGAGGACAUGUCCAGCUGGAUCGAGCUGCUGACCGGUGAGAGACAGCCACACCGCCUACACAUGCUGACUAGUUAGGGAGCUCAUUGAGGU